UUCUUUCACAAAAAUAAUGACGUCUGAAGUCAGUAAGACAUUCGAUGAGGAAUUUGAGGCAUAUUGGCGUAAAAUAUUCUGCAUCACCCCAAGUGAAGAUAUUAAAUGUGAUGCGUCAGUACUAGAGUAUUUUGGAGUUCUACGUUUAACAGACCUCCGAGCUCCGGAACGAAAAUUGUGGUACAUCUAUUAUUCCAAGCAACCAGAAGUCGAUGAAACCCUAAAUCGUAUUUUUCACAAAUACGGCAAAAAAAAUAUGUGUGAAAUUUUUAGGAAACACACAUUUAGUGGAGUUGCAUUGCGUGCCAGAGUAAAAGCGUACUUUGAUGAUAAGAAAUGGCAUGUGAAAGGCAAUUUGCUAGAGGCUCCAGCGAAAAGCUCCUUCAACAACGAUCAAAUGAUUAAAACAAUGACAGAACUGCACCAUGAGGAACGUAGAAUGCUUUAUAGCUUCUUGUGUAUGAAACAUAAUGAAAUGCGGAAGUACUUCUCUUAAUGGGGUACAUAUUUGGUAUCU